AUGUGUCAGUGGUGUACAGACGACCCUGAAAAAGAUUAUGUACCACAGGAAAAGACAAAAAUACUUCGUACACAAGACAUAUUACUUGCAUACAAACCCUGUUACGUGGUUACGACAAUUUCAGAGAAAGAAACAAGCCUUAAAUUAUCUCGUCAAACGGUAAAAAAGCUCGAUCCACCGUUGAAGCCUGUAAACGUUUCAGACCAUUGUACGCAUGACUCUGAAGAAACAAUCAAUGUACUUUUACAACCGGAUAUUAUGCCACGAGAAUCCAUCAAUGAAUGGUCCUACGUUAUCGAUGCUACAUUACUGAAAGCAGCGUCAACAGAAGAAACUGUCAGUAGUGCAAGUCAAGCACUAAGUUCAUCCAACAAAAUAAGUUUAAAAUCAAGCUGUCCGUACCCAUCCUUUCAACCAAACAAUGUAUCAUUGGAAGCAGCAAAUGCUUUGGAAAUACUGAAGAAUACAUUCUGUAGUCAAGAAAACUGUAUAGCAUCUUCACUAGAAAAUUUGAAAACUGGUUACAUGUCUAAGAAAAGUAAAGGAGCAUGUAUAAACUCAAAUUACGACGCAUGUUUAAAUAGAAGCAGUAGUAUGAACCAAAUAUUUGUAGAUGAUACCUGCUGCAUGGCACAAAGUUGUAAACCCCCUUCAAAACUGCAUUUACCUACAACAAAUGUCUGCAAUAGACCUAACUGCUCUCAAGUUCGUAUGAAAUCAGACAGUAACUGUUUUAAAAUUAUUCCUACUGAGAUGUCUAAUACUCAAAGGUUUUAA